CUGAUAUGGUCGCGCGCUGUUUCACCCGCGAAAAUUUUACAGAAAUCCACUGCCUGCACCGGAAAUUUCUGCAAAGAUGAUCAUGAGGUUCACCAAACUUCUACCCAUUGUUGCAGAUUUCACAAGUUUCAAGCCAAUAUAAAAAUGGAAGAUGAAAAGAAGGAAAGACGAAGAAAUUGGCAUGAUGGGGAAGUGCACUGCCUGUGCCACUAUGUUCAAAGGCACAAAUCUGUGCUUUUUGGCAAGGCUGGCCAUGCCAGCGUUCCGGUGGAGAAAAGAAAAAAAAAGUACUGGAAAAAGGCAACGGCAGUACUUAGGGCCAAUGGCUACCAGAGGGAGGAGGAGGAGGUCGUCCGGAAGUGGGCCGACCUCAAGCAAAGAGCCUUAAAAUAUAAGGCCAAGCGAAACAUGACAGGUGGGGGCAGCCUUGAAGUCCGGCCCACGUUAGAGGCUGUUCUGGAGGUUCUCGCAAGAGAAACGGUGCAGGGGUAGUCGGGUCCUCCGACGAAGCAGGCUUUAGCUCGUCCCAAGACACAAUAGAUGGAGACAAUGAGGCUUGCCUGCUGUUCAGCAGCAUGGCUGCAGGAGCGUGUUCACGCACCCCUGAUCCUGUCAAGACAACCUCCACUGUCGUCAACACAAC